CUGUUUUUUUAAGCAGUCCGCCUGUGGGAGGACAUGCCCGACCUAAACGGUGGUGGUGCACGCGGCAGGUCUGUGUCGCGCCGACGUGGCGGCGACCUCGGCGCGGGCGCUCGAGACCAGCAUCGGCCGACAUCGAGCGAUCCGCGCCGUCGGAAAACCGCGAUCGCUCGAGCUUUCUGGCGACCCGCGCCCACCAGCAGCCGACGCCGACCGCCGUGGCACGGAGCCUGCCGUGGGCGCCUUCUGCGCGGAGGCGCCCGCGGACGUGUUCUACAACCCGGCGCAGGUCUUCAACCGCGAUCUCUCGGUGCUGGUCCUGGCGGCCUUCGCGAGGCGCCGGGCUGCUGGGCCCUCCGAGCGGCGGGCGGGCUCGGCGGCGCCCCCGCGCGGCCUGCUCGUCCUGGACGCCCUGUCCGCCACGGGCAUCCGGUCCAUCCGCUACGCCCGCGAGUUUGGCGACGGGGCCGACGGUGUCCACAGGAUCGUGGCCAACGACCUGGACACCGCCGCGGCUGCCGCCAUCGCGAGGAACGUCGCGCACAACGGCAUCCCGGCCGGCAGGGUUGAGGUGUCCUGCGAGGACGCGGCCUUGCACAUGUACGCGCGCCGCGCGUGCGGGCCGCGGGGCGCGGGAGCGAGCGCGUACGACGUCAUCGACCUGGACCCCUACGGCACCGCGGUGCCCUUCCUGGACUCGGCCGUGCAGGCCGUGGCGGACGGCGGGCUGCUGUGCAUCACCUCGACGGACAUGCGGGUCCUCGGCGGGAACACGCCCGAGACCUGCUUCGUGAGGUACGGGGGCACCGCCCUGAAGCGGGGCUACCUGCACGAGAUGGCCCUGCGCCUGCUGCUGCACGCCGUGGUCGCCGCCGCGGCGCGGUACGGCCGGGAGGCCCGCCCGCUGGUCUGCUGCUCGCUGGACUUCUACGUCCGCAUCUUCGUGCAGGUGUCCAGCGCCGCGGCCCGUGCCAAGCACACCGCGGCCCGGACAGGCACGGUGAGCCAGUGCGUCCAGUGCGACAGCUUUUUCGUGCAGCCUCUCGGGGAAGCCGCCGAGGGCCCGAAGGACGGCCAGACCAAGUUCAGGCCAGCACACCUCGUGUCGCCGGGGCCCGAGUGCCCAGAGUGUGGUGGGCGCUUCGAGAUUGGCGGCCCCUUCCACAUCGGCAGGCUGCACGACGAGGAGUUUGUGCAGUCCUGUCUCGAGCUCUGCGAGCACCCAGAGCAGUUCCCUGGCGUGACGUCCUGGAAAAAGGUCGCUGGGCUGCUGACCGCGAUCUCGGAGGAGCACGCGGACAUACCCCUGUACUACAGGGUGCCGCAGCUCUGCAAGAGCCUGAAGUUGAACCCGAUCCCCAUGAGGCUGAUCCGUGGCACACUAGGGGCUCUCGGUUACCGCGUGUCUCACUUCCAUCGCGAGCCAGAGGCCAUAAAAACGGAUGCCCCGAACCACGUCGUCUACGACCUCAUGCGACUGUGGGCACGGGAGCAUCCGCCGAAGGCACUGCCGCUGCCUCGUGUCAUCGAGAAGGCGGUGCAGCUGGGGGCCGCCUUCGAGUGGACGGAGGAGGCGAAGCCGACGGGCAAGGUCAGGCCCAAGUUCCUCCCGAAUCCCGCGCCGCACUGGGGCCCGAUGUCUCGUGCGAGAGGAGCCGGACAUGCCAGGGAAGCGGUGGGGUGAGGCUGUCCUGCGUUUGCCAUGGUGUGGUCGCGCUGGUACGGCUUCCUUGUGUCCACCCUGCAGGUCGGGGCUCGUGGCUUGGUCGCGGCAGAAGGAUUGCGAGGGGCAGCAGGACGCGCUCGAGGCCAGCGGCUGGCACGCAGCGCAUGCCGUCCCCCGCGGCGUGAAGGCAGCCCCUGACGCGUGCUCCGGCGGACUCGGCGGCCAGGGUGCUCGGAGACUGCGUGGGGUGGCUUUUUUGUUGCAUGGCGCUCGCGUUGCUCGAUUAGUCCUGUCCUCCUGCCAGGCGUUCGCGGAGCGCCACGCCAAUCGAGUCACGCUCGCAUGCGCCGUUGCGUGGAAGACUUCGUCUUCCUGAUCCCUUGCGUGAGCACGGACCAUCCGGGGCAUUUGGUCCAGGCAUGCGGUACGCUCUUCUCCGACAUGGUCUUGCAGCUCGCAGCUCGGAUGCGCAACCAUCACCUCGGACACUGCCAAGGACAGCCAUGGCCUCAGGCUACAUCUGAGCUCAUGUGAUCUCGUUCGGGGUAGGCACGCGCGCAAGCACAUAGUGAAGGCUCUUUCUAGUGAGGCUUCCUGCCCGAGACGCGAAGCCAGGGCCGUCAUCGGUAUAUCCCUGAAAUCGUAUGCACGGCUACUAUCUGCCUGAUGACGAUCACCCUCCAUGUCCUCUUCUGCCUUCCCCCUUCUCC